UCUGUCUCCCAAAACUCACCAGCAUGGGAGCACAGAGUUGAGCCAGAAGCAGCCCCUGCCUGGGCUAUAUGUCUCCAGGAGGCCUGCCUGGAGGAGGCUGCCAGCUAGGCCCAGGAUGGAGGCGCGGAAGGAGGCCGGGCGCAGGGGCCCGCGGGAGCGAGCGGAAAAGGGGUCCCGUGAGGAGCAAGCCAAAAAGGGGUCCCGUGAGGAGCGAGCCAAGGGGCCGCCCGCGGCGGAGCCCCCCAAACCGGGUUGGGCCCUGUCGCUGGAAGGGCUGGCGGCCAUGCGCCCCCCGCAGCGUCGUCGUCACAUGCUCUUCGGGGACCUGCUGGAGGACGUGGGCGCGGCCGCCUCCAUCUUCCCCCGCGAGUCAGUGGAGCUGGGGUACCGCAUGCCCGAUCUGCGCGCCUGGACGCAGUCCCUCGAGCUGCCCGCGGUGCGCCAGGACCUGCUCCUCGGCGUCCUCAAGGCAGCCGAGGCCCGAGGACGGAUCCGGGCCCUGCAGCUGCGCUACAUCCGCAUGCGAGCGGAGGAGAUCGCGCUCCUCGUCCUGCAGCAGAAGUCCGCGCGCGCCGCCAUCCGGCUGGAGCUGUUCCUGCCGCCGCGGCUGAAGCCGACGCGGAUCCCCGACCCCCUGGACCGUCAAGAGAGGAGGCGCGUGGAGACCAUCCUGCAGGAGAAAGUUGAUGGCAGCAUCUUCCCACGUUGACUGGGACCCCACAGUGUGCCAACGCGCCCCACCGUCCCACAUAAAGUUCUCAUUGUCCAAGCGUCCCCUGGUCGUUACGCUGCCUCUCUCCAGGUUCCCGGAGAAGGAAGGGGACAGUGUGGAUGCAGCCUCCCUGGCAUCCGAUGUCACAGACAUCUAGAUACAUCGCGCGGACGGGGGAGGAGGGGAGGGGCGGGUCCAACAAAGUAGAAGGAGGAGCAGGUUCAGAUCAACAUGGGACGCUGGUAAUCUCUCAAAUCCCGCGCUGCCCCAAUCAGGCACCCUGGUACCCUGCGGGUCUCUAACAGCCCCCUGUCUGAGGGAACAGGAGUAAGAAUUGGGCCAACCACUGUCCCAACCCCAGCAGUGAAGGGCGAGCUCAGGGAGAAAGUGGGGCCCAAGUGGGACCCCACAUUGUAGGUUAUUCCUUCAGGGGUCAGAGAGGAGGGUGACAUUCUGGGCAGGACGAGGGACUGCACAAGCCUAAGGUGGCAUUUGGAGCCAGCUGUGCCCCAGGGGUCCUCCAGGGGGACCAUGGUGGGGGAGACUAGGGAAAGGGAGACCAACUCAGGAAGGCCCCUACUUCUCCAGGCAGAAAAUCACCUUUUCAUCCUGAACAACCUCCUCAGCUCUGCCCUGUGCCCCUUACGCACAGACGCACAUAUACGGGAGGGAAACCACCCAUGUCCUGUUCUGACAAACCCUCCUCCUGCGGAGGCUCCAAACACUGAACUUGGUAGACAGAUUUUCCUGUAGAGAACUUACUCUUCUCGCUGACACACAAAUUUUGAGCCUAGAACUUGGCCAUGUCUCCCCUUUCUUCCCUCCUAGUCCUUAGAUGGCCGCAGCAGUGGGGGCUGAAAGGAUUGAGACAACCCCCUGGGGGGGCCAGGGAGGCCUGCUGAGUGGCCCUCAGGAAGCCCUUCUCCCCCUGUACCUGACCAUUCACCCUUUCUGUGCUGUCGCUGUCCUUGGCCUCGGUCCGCACCCAGAACCGUGUGUGGAGUCUGCGGCAGGUCUAGGACGAAGGGGAGAGCUGUGCGGGGCAGUCGUGAGGGGAGGGGCGUGGUUGAGCAGAGCUGGGGAAGGAGGAACAAGGGCAGAGGAGGGGGCCUGCACUGAAAACAAGUCACCAGGGAGAGGGAGGCAUUCUCUCUGUCAUCAAUAGGAUAACGUCCAGCGCUGACUCUCCAGGACCCCAGCACUCUGUCUCUUGGGCAUGUACUGACCACCUAGGACCGUUUUAUCUGUUUGGUAAAUGCAGAUCUCAUU